AUAACAUUGCCAAUUAGCAACAUAAAUCCUAAGUUUGAGAAUCUACGGUAUCUGAUGAGGGACAGUUACAAAAACAGGAAGUAGUAACUCAGGAGGCGUGUCUACGGAGGUUUGUAAGGGGAUUGACCAGAAAGCACAUGCUAAGCGGUUUGUUUUCGCCCUUGCUCUUUUACCCUCAUUAAGUUAUCUAUUGUCGUGAGUGAUUCAUUUUUGGAUUCGAUUUGUGCCAACAUCAAUUUCUACUGGUGUAUAAUAUAGCUCAAAAGUGGCACCGUCGAAAGUUAUAUCACAGCAAGGUCAUAACGAGCAAGUGGACGAGUAGCGUGAAGUUCAUUUCAUCACUGGACGUCAAAAAUACAUAUAGGACAUCGAAAUGGCGGGACUGGUUAACUUUGAAGAUGAGAAAGAAGUGGAACAGUUCCUGGAUAAUUUGGGUGUGGAGUACAGCUACCAGUGCUACAAGGAGAAUGACCCCGAAGGAUGCCAGAGGUUAGCCGAUUACAUGGAAGGAGUGAAGCAAAACUACGAGGCUACGGCACAGGUGCUCAAACACAACUGUGACAAACAUACUCAUGCAGAAAGCUGCUACAAGCUGGGGGCUUACCAUGUCACAGGCAAAGGUGGUGUGGGCGAGUGCCUGAAAAGCGCCUACUCUUGCUUCAUGCGAGCAUGUGAUGCCGGCGGAAAGAAAUCCAUAGACGCCUGCCACAACGUGGGUCUACUGGCUCAUGACGGGCGGGCCAUAGAGGGUGGCACCCCCGAGCCGGAUGCCGCUCGCCGUUACUACGAGAGGGCGUGCGCGGGCGGCUUUGCGCCGUCCUGCUUCAACCUCAGUGCCUUGUACAUCGAGGGCAACGCCAAAGGGGUCAAGCCGGACAUGGCGACGGCGCUCAAGUACGCCAUGAGGGCCUGCGAGCUGGGACACGUGUGGGGCUGCGCCAAUGCCAGCCGCAUGUACAGGCUGGGCGACGGCACUGAAAAGGAUGACAAGAAGGCGGAGGAGCUGAAGAAUCGGGCCAGGGAAUUGCAUGGUUUGCAAAAGGAGAAGCAGCUCAAAUUUGGGGAGUGAUGACAAGAGGCCUGUGUGUGUGUGUGUGUGUGUGUGUCCACCACAAACUGAAAGUGUCAGAGUGCAACAUGUAAGUGUAAUUUCUCAUUGACUCAAGGGCGUUGUAAAAGUCAUUGUAUGUAAGAGAAUGAUUUAUUUCUGACAAUGAUGUCUAAUUUUUGUGAUAAAGAGAAAAAGUCUGAAACUUUCAAGAUAAAUGAAAGUGUUAUUUUGUAAGAAGAUAUUAGAAACACACAUGCAGCACCUGCUUUCGACUCAUGCCUCGACACUCACACACAGAGAAGCCAGUGUCACCCCGCACCAACUGCCUCCUCUUUUUUUGACUGUUCUCAUGAACGAACAAAAAGUUAUAUUACAAUAAAACACUGCAAAUUCAAGAUGUGGUAAUAUGAGAGAAAAAGUAACAAUAUUGCAAAAAAAUGGUUCUGCUACCGAAAAGUUGUAAUACUACGUGUGACGUUUAUGACUUUUAACAAAAAAUUGUAUUACAUGGAGAAGUCUGUAAUACAUGAAAAAUUAUAUGAUUGCAUUAAAGAAAAUGCCACAAUGAUU